GCGAAAAACUUAUAAGGUUACCGAAAUUAAAAUAGUAUUUAACCUUUUAUACUUGGAUAAAAAAAAAUAAAAAAGAAAAAAGAAAAAAGAAACCCCACAUUGUAUAUAAACAUGGAGGCAAUCCCUCAUUUUAUAUUUCAUAAGUAACCUCCUCCAUACGACAAGAUCUCUGAAGUCUAAGAAUUCUAAGAAAAUGGCACUAUCUGCAAAGCUACAGGUUGAUGUAGAGCUCAAGUCCUCUGCUGAGAAGUUCUUCAAACUUCUUAGCAAACAAAUUCACCAAAUUCCCAAUGCUUCCCCUGGAAACAUCCAUCAGGUUGAUGUUCACGAAGGUGAUUGGGAAACUGCUGGCUCUGUCAAGCUCUGGACUUACACCAUAGAUGGAAAGCGGGAGAUUUUCAAAGAGAAGGUGGAAAUAGACGAGGCAAGAAAGAUAGUAACAAUGACUGCAGUAGAAGGACAUAUCCUUGAACUGUGCAAGAGCUACAAGAUUAUUAUUGAAGCUGUUCCAAAGGACGAAGGAGCUGUUGCUAAAAUUACUACAGAAUAUGAGAAAUUCAAACCCGAUGAUGCACCUCCAAACAAGUAUCUAAACUUUAUUGUUUACGUUGUCAAGGAUGUGGAUGCGCACCUUGUCAAUGCCUGAUCAUGAUGAUGGCUCGGCAUAUAUGAUAUGAUACUUGCAAAUAAAGGCCUGGAAGCCUUUCCUGGAUUUCGUGGUUAUUUUCAUAUAUAUGUACUGUGGUUAUUGUAUUUGUAUCAUCAAUGAACAGAAGCUCAUAAUAGGAUCGUCUUGUUAUGUAGCUAACCCAAAACCUAAUCUACUAGGUGGAGGGGUCGAUCCUUAUAUCAUGUUAAAUUAUCUUGUACCUUACUCUAUUUACUUGGUUUCAAGUAACGUGGGUUUCAAGUAACGUGGGAUUGAAAUUUCUUUUACAAAUAUAUCUUUUUCUAAAUAAGUUA